UUUGGUAAAUAGUACCCUCCCUUUCUCGCAUCUCAUUAACUGAGUCCCGUCGUAGCUAUAGGUGAAGCUGCCUCUCUCUGCCAUACUGAAGCAGGUGUCCAACAUGGCGAACGCUGGCAGCGGCUCUCUCGCGACUAUUCUCUUUUUAUUCAUGUUUCAAGCGGCUCUUCUUAAAGGGGUGAGUCAGAACCUGGUGACAGACAAUGUGUCGGUGGUGGAGGGAGAGAUGGCGAUCAUCAGCUGUCGGGUGAAGAACAACGACGACUCUGUUAUCCAGUUGCUCAACCCCAACAGACAGACAAUUUACUUCAGAGACAUGAGACCACUGAAAGACGCUCGCUUUCAGCUGGUGAACUUCUCAGACAACGAGCUGCGGGUGUCGCUGUCAAAUGUCUCGCUGUCAGACGAGGGUCGAUAUGUUUGCCAGCUCUACACAGACCCCCCGCAGGAAGCCUACGCUGACAUCACCGUGCUAGUUCCCCCAGGUAACCCCAUCAUCGAGGCCCGGGAUGAGGUCCUGAGCGAGGGCAACGAGACAGAGAUGACCUGCACUGCCAUGAGCAGUAAGCCUGCCGCUACCAUCAGAUGGAUGAAGGGAGAUAAAGAGCUUCCAGGCAAGCCCAGAGUUGAGCUGACCUACGACAGGAUGUACACAGUAACCAGUCGGCUGACAUUCAUUGUUAGUAAGGAGGACGAUGGUGUGCCAGUGGCUUGCAUCGUAGACCACCCUGCAGUCAAGGACUUCCAAGCACAGAAAUACCUGGAGGUCCAAUACAAACCAGAGGUAAAGAUCGUGGUAGAAUUUCCUCAGGGUCUGACCAGGGAAGGGGAGAACCUGGAACUGACGUGUCAGGCCAAAGGCAAACCCCAGCCACAGCGGGUGAACUGGGUGAAAGUAGAUGAUGAUGUGCCAUCCCAUGCCGUCAUCACUGGCGGUGAUCUUUACAUCGAAAACCUAAACAAGUCCUACAACGGAACCUACCGCUGUGUGGCCUCCAACACAGUCGGGGAGUCUUUCGACGACUACAUCCUCUACGUCUAUGAUGCUCCCACCACUACCCCUAUACCCACCACAGCCACAACCACUACCACCACCAUCACCACCACCACUAUCUCCUUCCCUGAAGCCAAUCAAGACACUGCGCCCAGCACUGAACCUGCAGCUCAUGAUUCCCGAGCUGGAGAAGGAGCACCCAGAACGGUGGACCAUGCCGUGAUUGGAGGAGUGGUGGCCGUGGUCGUCUUCGCCAUGCUCUGUCUACUCAUCGUCUUGGGGCGCUACUUUGCAAGACACAAAGGUACCUACUUCACACACGAAGCCAAAGGAGCAGACGAUGCAGCGGACGCAGAUACAGCCAUCAUCAACGCAGAGGGUGGCCACACCAACUCGGACGAAAAGAAAGAGUACUACAUCUAAUCAAAGCAGGACCCCUCACUCUAGUGUCCUCUUUGGGACACAGAGCUGUUUUUGGAGCUGGGGCAGAUGGAGAGGGGGGUUUGAUGGAGGGAUUUAAAUGUGGUUUAGAAUCACUUUUAGUGAGAGUAGAGGGGUCGAGGAGUAGAAAAGAGAUGGGGUUUUAAAGACAGGCCUGGUUUUAAGCCGUUGUUUAGUCUAGUCUGCAGAUGUAGAUGGAAUGUUUUGUGUGUAAAAAAAAAUUAAAAAUCAAAAAAGGACAAAAAGCGGGAGGGAUCGGGUUAUUGGUAAACUGAGAAGGGGAUGGGGUUGGGGGUGGUAUGGGUGUGCCAGACGUUGCCAGAAAUCACUGUAGAGAGCUUCACCAUUCAACACCUUCCUCCCUAACUGCUGGUACGAAUUUUAUUUAGUUCAACCAUUUGCAGAAAAUUCUGUGCCUUGUUCUAUCCAUACUUUGGAUUUGUGUUAAUCCUGAUUUGCAUAACCUUGUUGCUCCCCUUUAUCCUGUUUCAUCUUUUCCACCCGUAAUCAUCAAUGUGCUGUUGGCUUUUGUAUGAGGGUAAAAUUACACAGCCACUUUAUUCAUUUUGCUAAAUGUGUCUGCACACGUGUCCUCCACUGCAUAACAAAAACUCCUUCCAGUAUACUGUGAUUUGUCUCAAACCAUUACUUCCCCUACUCUUUUUUCCCUGGAGUUUUGACAGCUCCAAAAAUGCAUGGAAUGCUUUACAUAUCAUUGUACAAAGAACAUAAAUGAGAAACAGGUUUGAUGUACUGCAUAUGCUCUUCCUGCCCUCUCUUAAACACAACCAUAUUCAAAACAUAUUCAAAAAAGAAGGCGGCAAAGGAUAAUAUAAAGUUAUUUUAUUGGGCCUAUUCCAUUUGUUUUUUCAGUUUGUUCUUUAGAGCAGAUUUACUGCUGCCUCUCCUCAAUUACCCUUCUCAGUAAAGAGAAGUGGUACAUUAUUUGUCCUCAUUGCGCUGCCAUUUCGUUGUUUCGAAUUCUUUCUCUGCUCAGUGCUAUUUUUCUUCUAUGAGACUAAAUUUUAGCUCUCUGUUCCCCCACCAGCUUUUAUUGAGUUGUGAUGAUGUGUUAAUAAUGAGAUUUAACUGAUUUCAAUCAGCUCAUAGUCUAGAAUAUAUUUCUAACCAAUGGGAAAGUAAGACAAGUAAAUUAAAGUUGUUUGGCGGACUCUAAGUCAAAAUGUCUAGGUAAUAAAUGGCUGUUGAAAAAUAUUUGGUAUUAACAUUGGCCAAGCAGUAGCCAAAAGAUGCUGCUAACAUAACUUAACAGAAAGAGAAACAGCCUUAACCAAACUCCAAACUGUAACAACCGUUCUCACUCCAUAUCCAAAAUGGCAGCUUGGUCAGUGGCCCUCUGCACCUCAUACCCACAUACCAGGUACCCUUUAGCGUCUGUGUGAGCCGCACUGGGCUUUCAACUGUUUGGCUGCAGAACAGUGAGAUGAUGUAGUAUAAAGAGGGAAGAAGUCCACAUAGGGAAGAUAAUAAUAAAAAAGCAACAAAGUUGAUUGAUUGAUUGAUUGAAUGCCAAGGGGUUCUGGCCAAGCAACCGUAUUUGUUAAGUUGGGAGUGAUAAUGUGUUGACUAAAACACAUUUAAAUUUAUUCACGGAAUACAUAAGCUGCGCAAAACAUCCUCCCUACAGUGUGUUGAUCUCACAGACACACAAUAAAAUGUAGAUCAAUCCAAUGAAAUCACAGCUGCAUUGUACACUAAUUCUUACUAAGACAUUUUUUUUUUUAAGUUUUGGUAUGUUAUUGUUGCACACUCAUUGUGAGUUUUUUCAAAAUGUAAAACAAGUCAACGUUGGGGUGACUAAAUGUCUUCGUACUGAAAUAUUCUGAGAGACAGGCCAGUCUUUCUGCUUACAUUACACCUUUUGAAUAUAUUUUGCUUUGGUGCAGCAGUUUUUGUAAACAGUUGAUAGUUUAUUGCAUGAAUGUACAUGCUAAAACUCAUUCUUUUUUUUCCUCUAUCUUGCUUUAUGUAUCACCUGCCAAAACUGUAUGAGGAUCUAUUUAGCUGUGCCAGCUGGGGAGUACUGAGGAAUGCCAAAACUAACUGUUUUGAACUGAACAUAUAUUGUGCACCAUGGUGGUAAUCCAUAGGUAACAAUAAUGUCUUGGCUUGAGUGUCUAUUCAUGGCAUUUUUUUGUCAAAGUUAUGUUUUCACACAGCAAGCAGCUUUCUUAAUGAGUCCUGACUCUAUAUGACAGCUGUGGGUGGAUGGAGGGUGGAGGUCUGUAUUUCAAUGUACACCUUCAAUGUGUUGAAAAGGCUUUAUGUGCGAUGAUAUUACAUCAUUUUGAACAUUUUAUCAAUGCAAAUGAUGAACCUAUCAUUAAACCCAACAGUGGCUGCAA